AGUUCAGAGGUUAGCUUGUUUGAUAACUCAUGCAAUAGAUGGAGACGUUUUAUCUCCAUGUUUAAGCUGACUGGUUUAUCUUUAUUAAAAUGUAAAGAAAUAGUCGCGCACAGGUGGACUGUCGCCGACGGAUUUAGUCUUUUAUCAAGCUUAAGACUUGUAUUUUUAGCGGCGACCAGCUGAUCAUGCUACUAUUAGCCCCGUAGCUCCGUCCUGCAUUUAGCCUGCUUGGUACCAGGUAUGCAGCUGUAAAUGCCCGAUUUUGAAAAGCUGACCUUGUAGCUGGAAGUGCGUUUAAACGGGUCUGGAACCACAGUUAUGGCAUCAACACGGGUUUUGUGUUUGUUCAAUGGGAAAGCCGCAGGCUGGAGUAAAGCAUUAGCCCGGACUGGCUGCAGAAAUGUCUGCAGUUCACCUUCAAGGCUGCAGAGCAUGUCAGCCUGGGUCAUUGAUCAGUACGGCUCCAGUGCAGUUUUGAGGCACACAGACGAAAUCAGCAUACCGACUAUUAAUUUUGCACAUGAGGUGAUGAUAAAAGUCAGUGCGGCCAGUCUCAACCCUCUGGAUCUAAAUAUGAGGGGGGGCUACGGAGCUGCAUUGCUUAACUUAAGGAGGGAUCCCUUGUCUGUGAUGAACAGCUUCAGUGAGUUUCCUCUUAUUCUGGGCCGUGAUCUGUCAGGUGUAGUAGUGGACUGUGGGUCUGGGGUGACUCACUUUGCUCCUGGAGACGAGGUGUGGGCUGCUAUUCCACCGUGGAAACAAGGCAGCCUGGCAGAAUACGUGACUUUAACAGAGUACGAGGUUUCCUACAAGCCGAAAUCAUUGAGUCACAUAGAGGCGGCAUCCAUCCCCUAUGUAGCCAACACGGCUCUCUCCGCGCUCGUCAAUGCCGGCGGUCUUUGCAGGGAAACCUCCUCGAAUAAAAGAGUUUUGAUCACCGGAGCAUCCGGAGGUGUCGGAACAUUCUCUAUUCAAUUAUUAAAGGCUUGGGGUGCCCAUGUGACCGUAACCUGCUCCCAGAAUGCUGAAGGGCUUGUCAGAGGGCUUGGGGCGGACGAGGUGGUAGACUACACAGCAGGGGAUGUGGCAGAACAACUGGAAAGGAUGGAGAGAUUUGAUGUCAUUUUGGACAACGUCGGUGGCGACACAGAGGAAUGGGCCAUGGGGCUGUUGAAGCCCUGGUCGGGGGCAAAGUACGUAACAUUGGUAUCACCUUUACUCCUCAACACUGACUCCAUGGGCCUGUUAGACGGGACAUUGCACGCUGGACUCACCCUGCACAACAAAGCCUUUCAGAAUAUAACAUCGAGUGGAGUCUUCUACAGGUGGGCUUUUUAUGCUCCUGAUGGACCCACCUUGGAUGAAGUCAGCCGGCUGGCGGAUGCAGGGAAGAUCCUGCCAGUCGUGGAGGCCCAGUUUCCAUUUACUCAGGUGCCUCAAGCUUUCCACAAGCUGGAGCAGGGCCACGCGAGGGGGAAGACUGUAGUUAAGGUGGCUGAAGAUGAUGAGUGCAUAGAAGCCACAGAGUCUGAGCGAGAAGUGCAAGAAACGGCGCAGCAGUAUUGAAGGAAGAUGAAAAGUGCCAAGAGAAUCCCUCAUGCACUUCUCUGACCUUUCACGGCGCUACAAUUGAGAGCAGCAGACUGUGUAUUCCAAAUACAAAAGGUCAUGUGCAGAAGACACUACGUGUGAAUUGUACAACGAAAGGGAGGAAGCCAAAUUCUGUUUUUUUCUGACUGCUCUCAACAUUUUGGAUUUUAACAAGGUGCUUUAAGUAUGCUGUGUUAACUUCUAAAUAUAGCAUUUCUUGUUACAUUAUUUCAAGGUUUCUCAGUAAAAGACUUGAAUUUGU